CCCACCUCGCCAGAGCCCUCCCGCUCCCAGCGACCCUCCCCGACAAGCCCUGCCACUCCCCCCGGGCCCUCCUCCUUGCGCCCUCCUAAGGAGCGCAUCUUCCAUCUCGGUGCAAAGCCUCGACGCACCCUCUCCUCCAAGGUUCACAACCAGGCGGCAUGGCGCAAUGAUAGCGAGACAGAGUCCAGCGCACUCACAUCCGUCCCCCACCCCCGCAAGCGGCACAUGCGCAGAGCUUCAGACCGCGGCAGGGCUCUGACCCUCCCGCAAACCAUGCUGCCCUCGACGUCCGUCUCUGGCAUCGGGCGCAAGGUCGCCGCCUCUUUGGACCUCUUCAGGGAGUCCACCGGCGGCCCGCCCCCGAACGAGGACAUGGAGCCAUUUGAGCGCGUCCGGCCAGGUUCGCCCGUCUCAAAACGCAAAGCCAGCUCGGGGCAUCUCAUCGGGGACAUGGCGGAGGCCCAGUUUGAGUUCGUCAAGCGUUCCGACUGGCCGGACCGCGAAAUGAGCGCGCUCCGCAGAGAGAAGAGUGUCACCGGUUUGUCGAUGGAGAGGGUCAGGACUCGAGAAAGCGUGAGUUCCACGUCCAGUGCUCGCGAUGCGGAGGCACGGCGGUCGAAGCGGCGGCAGCCAUCGAUGCGCGACACUGUCCUGAAUGACCUUAUGCAAUGGCGGAACACCGUUGCUGAAGACAUUGCCCGAGGACGGCCGCGAGAUCGUCCUGUUUGGCAUGACGAGCCUCCCGAAGACGCUAUCAUCGGCUCUCCCGGGACGGAUUCGUCCCUGUCGUCCAACAUCACCUACCACGAAGCGCCUUCGCGCCCGUUGAGCGUCCAUCCCGUCUCUGCUCCCGUGCGUAUAGCAUCACGGGACCGGUCAUGCUCGCCUAUCCCUGGCCAAGAGAGGAUACUCAUACCUGAUCGGCCUCCACCACCUACCGUUGCCUCUGAUGUGCUUUCGCAUUCUCCUUGGUCCACCGACGAAGAGAGUACGUGGGACACUGCGUCGAUCACGACUGCGUCCACGACGGAAGCCUCGUCUCCGUUCCCGUUGUCGCCCUCCCGGACGAGUCCUCAACCACAGCCGUUCGUGCGGCAUGCAAGCGACGAGGAUGAGGAACAACACCAGCGCGCUCUCCUCUCGCCUUUCCCGCAAGAGAGUCUGCCGCAUAUACCGCUACGGCCGUUUCGCAACCAGGUUGGCGGGCACAGCGCGAUAUACAAGUUCACAAGGAGGGCCGUGUGCAAGGUUCCCCUCGUAUCUCGCGAGAACUUGUUCUACGAGUCCGUCGAGCGGGAGGCACCGCCGUUGCUGGACUUCAUCCCCCGCUACCUGGGUGUCAUGCUCGCCGCGUCGGAGCUCUACCGAUCGCGCACGUCCUCACAGCCGUCUUCCGCGCGUGGCGAGGGCGACACCGACGUCAGCGAAGCAGAGCUACCCGAGUGGCUACUCCGCGCCGGGCGGAGUCGCGCCAUGUCGCACUCCGCGGCGUCCUCGUUCCCGCGACCAGUCGUGAACCAGCGAUUACGCGCGCCGCAUCUGGUGGUGUCGCCGUGGUCCAAGCCCGGCCCGAGUUCGUUGGGCCGGACGAGGGGCAUACAGGAGUAUCCGUCGGACGCGCCGACGCCUAUGAACUCGCCGCAGGUGCACAACAGCGUGAUCCCGAACCGCUCCAUCGCCGCACAGGCGCUGUCGCCUCGUGCUUCGUACGUGAACUAUACGAAUGGCUUCUAUGGCGGGACGGGCUCCACUGUCGUGAACACUAGGUUCAAGGACCAUGUCUUCAGCACGCUGCUACGGCGGAUAACGAGGCAGCACUCGCGCCGCACGGACGAUGACGGUGAGCUUGCAGAUGGCGAGGCCGAAGACGGGUCGAACCCGUUCUGCGACAGCAUUGGCAAGGGCCGGCGGAAGAAGCGCCUUAGCGCCCUGCUUGGGCAACCGCUGCGCCGUGUGCAGAGCGAGCACAGGCUCGCGGGCCAUGACAGGACCGAUCCGAACGGACUUGAGCAGAAUGGAAGCCCGCCGGACUUGUUCCCGUUCGAGUACGACCAGGUUGAGGACAGCGAGGGCCGAAUGCCUACGUUCCGGGACCAUCGCCAGGCACUGAGCCGUCGUUCGCCGUGCGGUCCGACACGAUCAUCGACUACGCUGCGCCCCCCGGAUGGUAGAGGGCGGGACCCGUCGGUGACGCGCCAGAACCACUUCAUCCUGAUGGAGGACCUGACGGGGCGGCUGAAGCAUUCGUGUGUGCUCGACCUGAAGAUGGGGACGCGGCACCAGCGAAAGAAGUGCGACCGCACGACGAGCAGGGCGCUGGGUGUGCGUGUGUGCGGCAUGCAGGUGAGCGUCUUGUCCUUGUUCCCCGCAGCCCCAUACGCACUAGUGGACUGCUACUGUACUGGCCCGUCUCGCACGCCACUGCACCCCUGGUUCGCGAUCACGAUCGACAAAUACAAGGGUCGCGAGGUCCGCCCGGACGACUUCCCAGGUGUCGUGGCGUCCUUCCUCCACGACGGCGAGCGCCUCCUCGUCUAUCAAAUCCCCGUAAUCCUGCGCAAGUUGUACGCCCUCGCACGGAUCAUCCACAGGCUCAAGGGCUACCGCUUCUACGGCUGCAGCCUCCUCAUGAUCUACGACGGCGACCGCGAUGCGCAGGAGGCGUUCCGUGCGUCGACGCUCGAGAACCCCUCUGCCCGCACGAAGCGCGGCGAGUCCCUCGAGCGCCGUCUGCGCCGGGCGUCCGAGAGGAAGCCCGAACACCCGCUCUUGCGCCGCUCUCACAGUGAGGACAUUCUCCUCGGGCCCGUCGCCGAGCGCAGCAGUCGGCGCCGCAAACGGGGCGAGAUGCAGAUCCGCCUCGUCGACUUUGCGCACACGACGACUGGCCGCGACUGGCUGCCGUACCCUCCAGGUGGGCUGUCCGACAGGGACGCCGAAGAGGUGACGAGUGGGAAGGGCUACCAGGCGGACGUCGAUCCGGAGACCGGUCUGCUCUACGCGCGGUUCCCUCCUCACUAUCCUGACCAGCCGGACCGCGGGUUCCUCUUCGGACUGAUGAACCUCGCGGAGACGCUGGAGAGGAUAUGGAACGAGGAGCGGUUACGGCGCAUCAAGGACGCGCGGGACCAGCGUGCCGCCGUCGACUACCAGCUCCCGCCGCUUUGUAUGGACGGGAAGGAAGUCUUCACGGAGAUCUUCGGCAACGCGGAGGCGGACGGGGAACGCGACCUCGGUAUGAUCUCUACGUGAUUCCGCCUACUUAUUAUUGCUUGACGGUGGAAUUGUAACCUCUCUCUCCUUGGUUUCUUAUUAUCUGCUUUCAGCAUCAUGUCUCUCCUCUCGCCAUCGCUGCAUGUCCGUCUCUCGAUCCUCACUUUGUCUUGUUGCACAUAUCACUCCACGAACACUAGACUUAUAUCUAGCAUUCGCAAUGUAGCAUACAGUGCA